UUGGACUGUACAAGUUAAACAACAGCUUUCAUGCAAUUCAUUUGUGUUUCUUUGUGUCUUUUCAAAAUAGAAUGUCGAAAAACAUUUCAUGAACACACUGUUCAUGCUGCGCCUGCCGUGCGUGCAUUUCUAAUGUGCGCAUGAAAACCUUUCAGGUGACAUCAAUGGGAGUAUUGAAAGUCAUGCGCGCAGGAUUAGAAAUACGGGAGCAGAACAAAGCAACAUACAUACCCUUUCCCCGUCAAACUCGCCCAAUUGAAAGCUCCAACGUGAGCGGAUUGGAAGAGUGGCAGUUGACAUUUCAUCGUACUUGUUUUUUUCAUCGUCAACUGAAUUAAAGUUGCAAUAUAUCUUUACACCACUUGGGGGAGCUGUUUAAUUGCUGUUGUGGGACGCUAUGUCCUGAUGCGAAGAAGAACGCCGCAACUUCUUUUGAUAUAUAUCUAUUGAAAAUAAAAAACAUACAGAAUAAACAAGCAAACAUGACAAACUAAAGACACGGAAAACACCCUGGGAAUUAUAAUAAAUGACAAUCAUAACACAUGAGAUGAAAAUCGAAACAACCAAACAAAAAGAUCCACAUAUCACAUCCAGUUGAGUUUAUUCAAUCGAUCACAAACAUCUACCGUUUUGAUUGUUUUUAGAUUCAGGGAACUUUGAUUGCUGAUAGAUAACAUCCCACCUCUUUUUUCCUGACUAAAAAUGUCGGCUUCCUCAAGCAGAACACCGUAACGUCUGAGUUUGAAACUGACAACUUCGUCUCCAUGGCGCACAGUCGCCAUCUUCUUUUGUCUCCACGGCCCUAAUUGGCCGUCUAUCGCACUUAUCUGAUACGUCACAAUGCGACAAAAUAAAUUGGUUUUGCAACGUCGUUUCACCACAUUUGGCUUCAAACCCUUGGUUCAACAUAGGCACGUUGCACAGCUGUGGUGGAACAUUCCGGCGUCUUAAAUCUUCUGACCAGACUCUACUGCAGAAGAGGCUCAAUUGGAGAAUGGCAACAGUCACAAUAGAGCAGAGCAGUUCCUCACCUGAGUGGAUGGACUUUGAGACAGACCUAGACAUGGUCCUCUCGACUAUGAAAUCUAUGUUUGGCGAGCUUCCAUCUGCGGCUGCUCCUCAAGAAUCUCCCCAUUUACCUGGGAAUGUCCUACCUGAGGUGGAACAAAGUGGUUUCACCGAUGGACUCAAUGGGACGGGGACGGUCACACACGACAUCAACCCCUUCCAAUGUGGAGCCACAACAGUGCCGCCAUAUGGAGGGGUCCUGGCAGAUCACAAUGUUGGGGCAGCACGUGCUGGUUUCAUGUCAGGAGCCAACAUGCAGCCCCUAUGUUGUCAAUGCACACAUGGGAUGAGAUGGCUGCAGUUUCCCCCUCAGUUCCUGGUGCCACAGCCAGGUGGACCUGUGGCUGGUGCUCUUGUGAGCCCCAUGUAUCUGGACAACUCCUUCAUGCCGUAUGGUUUUGUGAACCAUCAACAAGGUGCUUGUUUCCCAUGCCAGAAGGAGCAAGUACCAGCCCUGGAAGGUGGCAGCGUGAGUUCCCCAGGUUCUUUCCACAAUGGCAAGCAGUGUGUCCGAACCAAACCCUGCCCUGAGCCUUCACCUCAGGUCCUCACGUCCAAACGCAAACGUGGUGUGGAACCAAACGGAGCCUACAUCAGGAGACCACCCAAUGCCUUCAUGGUCUUCAUGAGGGAGAACAGGGAGAUCAUCACUCGUACCCUAAAACCCAAACACAGCGUGGAGACCAACACCAUCCUGGGAGAGAUGUGGAGGAAAAUGUCAACAGAUGAGCAGGAGAUUUAUUACCAGAAGGCAAUGGAGGAGCGAAGAAUCCAUGCAGAGAAAUACCCGGAGUGGUCCAGCCAGGACAACUAUGGAAAGAAGGUCAAGAGGCAGAGAAAGAAAAAAAGCAUCAUCAUCUGAACACUGUGGCAGAGGACCUUCUUCAUCACUUCUGAGACGAGUCACAGGUGAAAGCACCUUUUUCAUCUGAACUCCAUCAAUCAGGAUAACUGGCAUGAAGAACUCCACAUCUGUAUCACCUCAUCCAUCAUCACACUGAGGAGGCACCAGGGUUGGUAGUUAGUCAAGUGUGAAAAAUGGUCGAUGGAAAAAGCUGUGGUUAACACCCUGUUUUCAGAGUGAAAAGGGUUAAUGGUAAUGCUGCUUCUUAGAAAAAACUACACCGUGCUUCU